ACGUAUUGCUUCGCUGCAUUCUCGAUUUCGUCUCACACUCCUUUGAGUUGUUAUUGUUUGUUACAGUCUCUAUCUUCUUCCAACCCUUCAUUGUCCUUCCCCUCCAUUGCACCCUUGUACUUUGUUGCACACUCACCUUCUACUGUGCUUCGUUCUUUGGGGUGUCUUCAUCUUCCAUUAUGUCCUCGUACUUCGCCGCUCUUGCCCUCUUUCACACUAUGCUUUUGUCCUCGUCCUCUAUCAUGUCUUGCACUCAUCCUCCAUCGCAUCGUGCCCUCACCCUUGGUUAUGUCGCAUUAUCGCUUUCACUCUCUAUCUU